AUGGAAAGUCUCUCCAUGCCUCUGUCGCCGUUUCGGCUUCAGACACAGACCCGACUUACAGUAAUUACUACCCGAGCGAGUAUCCGAUCAUUCAAUCUCAAUUCGACAAGGAUUUACACGAAAGUUAGAGGUUUGGGAGGAAAUCGAAGAGAGCAGAAUGAUUCGAGAUUCGUCGAUGAAAAUGGCGGAGUUGACGACAUGGAAGGUUACUUAGAUCAUCUCUCUCUCGAAUACGACUCCGUCUGGGACACAAAGCCCUCCUGGUGUCAGCCAUGGACGAUAGUGGUGACGGGUUUAUCAGUAGUGGCAUGUAGCUGGGGAAUUCUACAUUCGGUUUUAGCUUCAUCGCUUGCUGUUGGUUUAAUUAGCGCUUGGUGGUACAUUUUCCUUUACAGCUACCCAAAGUCGUAUUCAGAAAUGAUUGCUGAAAGAAGGAAAAGAGUAGCUGAUGGUUUUGAAGAUAUAUACGGCAAAAACAAGACUUCUUAG